AUGAGGUUACCCACCUCAGUGAAAUCCCUGUUCCAGUUAGAGGCAGCGGUGGGGAAGCCAACCAGACCUCCAUGGAUGUUUUCGUCGCUGUUUUCGUACUCAGAAACUCCUCAAAAGAAAGCAAAGGCUGCGCCUUUGCAGGAGACUAGAAUGAGGGACAGAAUGAAUCUGCAUGUCAAAGGUGGUGAUGGUGGGGGUGGGUGCUGCAGCUUCCACAGAAGCAGGGUUGUUCGCCGUGGGAGAGCCGAUGGUGGGAAUGGUGGAAGAGGUGGUGAUGUGAUCUUGGAAUGUUCCCCUGCAGUUUGGGACUUUAGUGGUUUGCAGCAUCAUGUUAAUGCAGCCAGAGGGGGUCAUGGAGCCUCCAAGAAUAUGAUAGGCACUCGAGGAGACGAUAAGGUUGUCCGAGUACCCGUUGGCACUGUGAUUCAUCUUGUUAGGGGUGAGCUUCCAUCUUUAGUUCAGGCCAGAUCGACUGAAGCUGCUUUGGAUCCCUGGGAUCUUCCUGGUACGUUAGAUACUGAUCCAACUACAAAUUUUCAGCAGGAGGCAUUGGCUACUGAGAGGUCCGAAUCAACUUAUGAAGAAUCACCGAACGUAGAUGUUGACCAGAAUAAGCUGACAACUGCAGAAAGUGAAGAUGUACAAUACAAUGUUGCAGAAUUGACUAAACCAGGUCAGAGAGUGAUCGUUGCUCAUGGAGGGGAAGGUGGUUUAGGUAAUGUUUCUACUUCAAAUGUUCCGAACAAUGCCAAGACUGGAAAGCCAGGGAUAUUGAAUAAGGGAAACUCUACUGAUCCUGAUGAUCACCCCUCCCUCCGAGCUGGUUCACCUGGUUCUGAAGCUGUCUGCAUACUGGAGCUCAAGAGCAUUGCAGACGUAGGCCUUGUGGGUAUGCCAAAUGCUGGUAAGAGCACUCUUCUGGGUGCUUUAUCCAGAGCGAAGCCCACAGUCGGCCACUAUGCCUUCACAACACUGCGGCCAAACUUAGGGAAAGUGAAUUUUGAAGACUUCUCAGUCACAGUGGCUGAUAUCCCUGGACUGAUAAAGGGUGCUCAUGUGAACCGUGGACUUGGCCAUUCCUUCCUACGACACAUCGAGAGAACAAAGGUGUUGGCUUAUGUGGUAGAUUUGGCCAGUGGAUUGGAUGAUGGUAGGAAAGGACUUCCACCAUGGGAACAACUGAGAGAUUUAGUGUUGGAGCUGGAGCACCAUCAGGAAGGGUUGUCUGAUCGGCCUUCAAUAGUUGUGGCUAACAAGAUAGACGAGGCUGGGGCGGAACUAGUGUUCGAAGAAUUGAAAAGAAGGGUGCAGGGUGUUCCCAUUUACCCAGUAUGUGCUGUUCUGGAAGAAGGGUUGCCUGAGAUGAAAGCUGGUCUCAGGGUGCUGGUGGAUGGUGGAGGAAAAUCUGGGCGACUCUGCUUGGAUAAUAUUGAUUGUUCUGCUGAUAAGAUGGAGCCAGAAGCUGGAAACCUCUGUGAAGUCAGCUCGCUUUGA